AUGAGUCGCCUGUUGAAAUUAUUUUGUUCAACAGCGCUAAUCGAAAAGCGGCGACAUGUUGUGCGAUCACUCGUACACCUCUUGUUACCAAUUGCUGUGACCAUUUUUGUAAUCCACGUACCACAAAGCAUAAUCGCGUCCAACUCAUCAGUGAAUAAUGGAAAUGACGUCGUUAUUCAGGAUGAUUUGGCUGAUUACUUUCCCGGUGAGCUGGUCAACAAAAUAUACUACACCCCUCGAACCGAGUUGACCGAAACUCUCAUGGAAACCGUGCGGCAACGGCUGUAUAUUGUGGACGAACGAGUGGUACCUUGUGCUACUGAUACUGAGAUGGAAUUUGCCCUGCUCGACAACCCGUACAUAUGUUUUGGACUGAACUUCCAAAACAUAUCUGGAAAAUCAUUGCAGUUCGUUAUACGUACGAAAAACAAUAACUUUCGCACGGAUUUCGUUUACUCGCAGGACGUAUUUUCGAGCUACCAAAAGCGAGACAACGAGUAUGUGGAGAGUGGCUUUCUUGCGCUCCAGAAUGCUGUCGACCAGUCGUACGUGUCGAUGCUGGCCAAGCAAAAUAAGAACAAUGACGUACCACGACUGCAGGUGGCCUAUGGGCACAUUCCCGUAGACGAUAGCAGAGGACCGCAGACACCACCACAAACAAUUCAUCUCAUGACAGGCUUAGCUAUAGCAUUCUCAAUCAUGGUCAUAUUCGCUUUGCUUCUUCCCAUGGUUGAAGAGCGGGCCAACGGUACUAGAGAGCAUUUGAAAAUCGCUUGUUCUGAAAGCUAUUGGAAGGAAGCAGCUCAGUUUAUUUUAAACUUUCCUCAGUUUUUUGUGGUUUUUUGGAUAUGCCUUGCAAUAGCUCUUGGAACUGGUUUUUGGGGCGUGACUGUAGCACAGUUUCUGUACCUUCUGAUAUUCAGCAUUUUCGUUAUGGCGAAUCUGAUUACAUUCGCCUUCUUCCUGAGCACUACCCUUGAAUCACAGACCGUGGCAUUGGCAGUGGCACCAAUCAUAUUUUUUGGACCAUAUUUUCUGUCAAUGUCGUGCAAAGAGCUAGUGUCACUGUUUUGCCUGUUUCCCGUAGUCGGUUUAUGCUACGCAGGACUUAUAUUUGAUGUAUUUAAAUCAUCUGGUCAUUUAGUUCAAGCUCUUAAUCUAUUCACCGUGGGUUAUCCUGGGCUAGAUAAUAUAAGUUUAUUUCUUGUGUUGGUCUAUCAGCUGUUGGGAACGGUACUUUGGCUUUUUCUAUGGUUCUACGUUUCGAAUGUGUGGCCCGGGCGGUACGGUACUCCGAAGUCUAAAGGGUUUUUCUUUUCGAAAAGCUAUUGGAUAUAUUGUAAUGAUGGGCUAAGAAAUACAAACAAAAUUAACGCAGAAAGCGAAAAAAAUUUGCAACGCAACUCAAGCUACAACAAUGAGGUGAGCGACGAUGUCGAAAUGAGUCGUAUACCAUAUAUGGAUGAGGAAUCUAACCAGAGUACAAUAGAAGAAUAUCGACUGCCCUGCGAAGAAACACCUACCACUGCAGCGGUGAAGAAUGUUGUAAGGAUUUCUAAUUUGAACAAAACCUACAAAGGUCGCACGGGAGGUGCCAAGAUAGCGGUAACAGAUUUUUCGCUCUCUAUCUAUAGCCAUAGUGUUACCGUACUGCUCGGGCACAACGGGGCAGGCAAGACUACGACGAUGAACAUCAUCACCGGACUAUUGCCUCCCACUUCUGGAACGAUCGUAGUGGAUGGAGAACAUGAUCCCAAUCGAUACCGUCAGAGAAUAGGAUUUUGCCCACAGCACAAUGUGUUGUUUUCGUUUCUAAACUGCCGGCAACAUUUGGAGUUUUUCGGGCGUUUGAGAGGGUUGAAUGAGGCCGAAGCACAGGAACAAGUGCGGAUCGUGCUAGGAAAAGUAAAUCUACGCGAUAAGAGUGAAUCGCUGGUACAUACGCUGUCCGGGGGCAUGAAGCGUCGGCUUUGUCUGGCAAAUGCUAUCAUUGGCAACACGAAGCUGCUUAUUUUGGAUGAACCGACAUCCGGUUUAGAUCCGGAAUCGCGCCGUGAUAUAUGGGACGCUUUAUUGAAAUUGCGCCAAGAUCAUACAAUUUUACUGACGACGCAUUUCAUGGAGGAAGCAGACGUACUGGCGGACUGGGUAGCGAUUAUGGAGUACGGCAAAUUGUUGGCGUUCGGAUCACCAUUGUAUCUAAAACGGAAGUAUGGCAAAGGCUACACGUUAAAAGUAUGCAAGGGGAAGCAUUUCGACCAAGAAAGAACCUGGAACGUGAUCCGAGAUCACGUUCCAAACGCUAUCGUUCGAGAUUCGGUUCAAGAAAUAUUAGCCGUUACGCUGCCAUACGACGAUGUGGCACUAUAUGCGGCUAUGUUGAAAACCCUAGAGGAGGAAAGGGCUAGUCUAGGCAUCGAAACAAUCGGCAUGGCCGAUGCAACACUCGAGGAAGUAUUCCUAAAUUCCUGCACAAUCAAAAAGGAAUUACAACAUCAUCAGGAGAGUGUCGAUGGUCCAAUGAGGAGUGCAAAUAGCGAGAAGGAUUCAAUGAAAAUUGAAACUUUGAGUGAAACCGGAAACACGAUCAAUGUUUACAAAGCUAUUUGGCGCAAAAAGAGCAUCCACAUAAAAAGAAACAAACACAUUUACAGUUUCUUGCUAUCGCUACCACUGUUGGUGACAGCAUGCUGUUUUUGGUUCACAUCCAGUACCAUCGAUGCUGCGAAAACCCUUCCAGGAGUAACGUUAGAUGCAGAGGCGAUCCACCAGGCGCGUGGGGUGUUUGUCAUCAAUCACGCAGCUGAUAGCACUGAUAACCACGCAUUUGGAAACCUCGCAGCUAUCCAAUCGGACUUCGAGCGAUCCUUUAUUAAUGGUGUAAGGAUGGUGGUGAAGGCAAAUGUUUCCUUACUAGAUAUGUUUCAGCAACAAAUCGCAGACGACUACACAGAUUACCGCGAUCAGGUUGUAGUAGGAAUUGAAUGUAACGAUACCAGCGAUGCCGUAGAAUGCCAGGUGUUGUACAACAACAAUCUCAUACACAGCACAGGAAUUUCGGAAUCUGUCUUUACAACACUAUGUCUGCGGUUCUAUGCGGACGAAUCUGGAGCAACAGUAAAUACGGGUAAUAUUCCUUCAACGCGAAAACAACUAAUAGACAUCAAGACGCCUUUCUACUUUACAGAGUUAAUCUCGAUAGCGUUCUUCUUGUAUAUGCCGAUAUAUCUGCUAAUGCCUUUGCAAGAAAAUUUGUCCGGCUUUCGACAGCUUCAAAACAUAACACGAAAGGUAUAUUUUACCGGGACUUAUUUUUUCGACAUGGUUCUACAUACGCUAGUAUGUUCGCUAGUAAUCGCGCUCGUGUACUUCGUGGAUCAUACAGAGGUAUUUGACACCAUGUCCAAGUGCAGCAUAUUUGUAGCAAUCUUAAUCUACGGCUACCGUGCACUGGUGGUGAUUUACAUCAUCAGUCACUGUGUGGAGAGCAGCAACACUGCGAUCACAAUUAUGAGUUAUCUUAUGAUUGUCGGAGUGGCUGGCGUCUUAAUGUUGUGCAAUGGAUACGAUGAUAUCGAGAACAAUGUCAUCUGGAUUGCAAUAUUUCUUCUCGUUCCCGAGUUUGGGCUCAAAUUCAAGAUGCGUUUAGUGUACGAAAAUCAAAAAAUUUUAACCUAUCAAAAAAUGGCCAUACAGCAAAACAGGGCUGCCGCGGUCGCAAACAAGCUGAUAUAUCCAGAGGGGUUUUUAUUUUUACUGAUUGAAUUUAUUGAAUUGGUAGCACUAACAUACCUCCUUAGCGAAGUAAUGGAAAACAUUUACAGAAAAGAAAAGAUGAAAAUAAGCAAAGAAUCGGCCGGAGAAAACAUCCGCAAAGCAUACCGACACAUUAGCCGUUCGAUAUCGCGAGAGGAUGAACGAUCACGGAUCCAGAACCGCCAUCCAGAAGCUGGUGGACGCGACGAAACCGACAGUCCAACAACACCCUCCACCGAUGACGUGGAUAGUGAAGUGCAAUUGGUAAACAAAUUGAUAAGCACAAAGGAAAACAUCGAGCAGUACGCGAUCAUAGUGAAAGGUAUGAAAAAAAUGUACUCCCACCACGAGGCUGUGAAAAGUGUGAGUUUCGCUGUGAAGAAGGGUGAAUGCUUCGGAUUGCUCGGAAUGAACGGGGCCGGAAAGACGACUGUCUUUCAAAUGCUUUCACGCAAUCUACCAGCAUCGGAAGGGACCAUUUUUCUGCAGGAUUGCGAGGUACGCGAGGCGGACGAACUGAAAUACCGCCACCAGUAUGGUUAUUGUCCGCAAUUCGAUGCUCUGCUCGAUUUUAUGACGGUGUACGAAUUGGUCGAUUACUUUGCACAGCUUAAAGGGGUCAAGGCGCGUGAGGUUCUUAUAGAAAACUGGCUGGUGAGAUUGGACAUCCUGCAGUACAAGGAUCAUACAUUGAACGAAUGCUCGGGAGGGACAAAACGCAAGGUAAAUACAAUACUGGCUCUGCUCGGAGGCCCACCGGUGGUACUGUUAGACGAACCCACCACCGGCGUUGAUCCAAAAUCGCGACAUUUCUUGUGGAAAACGAUCAAAACUAUUCAGCGGAAAAAUCAAACAAUAGUGCUCACGUCACACAGCAUGGAUGAAUGCGAGGAGCUUUGCAAUCGGCUCACUAUAAUGGUUGAUGGGCGUCUUCAAUGUGUAGGAACCAUUCCAGACUUAAAGCAACGGCAUGGGCAAGGAUAUAACUUAUGGAUAAAGUUGAAGAUCGUCUUAAUCGAUGCCAACAAUGCAGAGUCUGUGUCUAAACCUAAGCCUUUGAUUGAUGCGGUGAUAGAGGGUUGCAAAGCUUCAUUGCAAGAGGAACAUCAGGGUUUGCUAAAAUUCACCGUAAGUCCAUCUCUCGAACUAUCUGAGCUAUUUCGUCAAGUCAUAGAGCUUGAAAAGAAACAUAGUAGCGAAAUCGAAAAUUAUUCGAUUUAUGAAUGUUCUUUGGAAGAGGUUUUUCUUCAUUUUCGACAAAAGAAAAAAACAACACAAUUGCAAAAUGUGUAA